AUGGUUAACUCUCGCUUCGGGGAAAAUUUAAUAAAAGACAUUACGGAACGUGGAAAGUUACCCAUCAUUGUGGGGGGUACGAAUUACUACAUAGAAUCCGUUCUUUACAACGUUCUCAUAGAUCCAACGGUCUCAUCGGACGACGAAGAAGAAGAAGGAGGAGGAGAAGGACAAAUUGAAAAUGACGUCGUAAAUUCAAAAGUUGACAAAGCGACGGAAGCGAAAAAGAUGAAAUUAUCGAACGAAUGGAAGGAAAAGGAAUUUCAGGAAAGGGUUGAAAAGUUGGACAACGUGACGUUACACGAAAAGCUUAAGGAAAUAGAUCCCGAUAUGGCGGACGUAUUACAUCCGAACAACAGGAGGAAAAUUAUUAGGUGA